CUUGGUGUGGAACCUGCGUUGUUCAUCCAUUAGUCUGUUCGGGUCUAUCCGCACUUUCAGCUUCAUCAGCGGCUCAGUUAACCGGAACCCGUCCAGCUUUAGACCUUACAGCUGGAAUUAACAAUGAAAGAGCAAAACUAUAAAGAUGAAGUGACCAAGAUACUGGAUGACGUGCCCAGUGUCAGGAAAGCCCUGCUGGAAAACUACGACAACCUCAUGAAUGUUGCUGACUACUGCUACAACAAUUACCUCCAGUCGGAGGAAGACAGAGUCAAUGCUUUGGAGGAAACCAAGAACUUCACCACCCAAUCACUAGCCAGUGUUGCGUAUCAGAUAAGCAUAUUAGCCAGUAAUGUUCUGAGCCUGCUGAAUGCUCAGUCCAAUCAGCUUCUUCACAUGGAGUCCUCCAUCAACCUGGUUGGACAGAUGAUUGAGAUGCACAAGGAAAAGGUUUCACGGAGGGAAAUUGGAGUUUUCACGGCGGUGAGGAGAGUCCCGCGCAGCCACAAAAUCCUCCCCCCUGCUCAGGAUACGGGCAACUCACAGCUCCGCCCACUCUACAGCCGCCAGCCAAUCAACUACCAGCAUCUUGACGGACUGGGUCACAGUAUGAAGAUCUCUGGAAAACAGCCUGAUAAAUCAGGACCAGUCCGCAAACAUGGGUCCUCCAUCAGGUCGAACAAACCUCCAGAGCCUGUGCAGUGCCCAGUGGCGCCGCCCCCUGUCAGCAGCUCCAGUUUUGGGAAACCUGUGGCUCUCCCGACUGUCCCGACCAACUGGCAACCUCCACCUGAUUGUGACAUCAUCACCACCCUGCUGGAUGAAGCCACGCCUCCCCCUCCCCCCACACUGAUGGAAACAUCCUCUCAGGAUGAGUGUGCCAGUGACUUGGCCCCACCCCCUCCCCCACCUUCAGAGGCUGUGCAGAAUCACAGCACUACAGCACUGGCCCCUCUACCAGCUCCUCCCUUGGCCCCGCCACCAGCUCCUGCCUUGGCUCCUCCACCACCUCCUGCUCUGACCCCUCCACCAGCUUCUGCCCUGACCCCUCCCAUGACUCCUCCACCACCUCCUGCUCUGACCCCUCCCUUGGCUCCUCCACCACCUCCUGCUCUUGCCAUACCUCCUCCCCCUCCCUUGGAGACAGUGGUGGAGGAGAACAGUUUCCCUGCACCUCCACCCCCUCCUCUUUCUGAUGAUGAUGGGUUUCCUUCACUUCCCAGUGAUGGCCCAGAGCUGCUGGUCCCACCCCCACUCUGCCAGGAUGCAGACGUAACCCUCCAGUCCAGAAGGGGGCCCCGUCGCUUACCUGCUCAUUCUCUCUCUUUGAGGGUUCGCUCUGGCCCCGCCUCUCGCUACCGCUACACACGCUCAUUGAUGAUCCCGCCUCCUCCCCCCUACCCUCCCCCCCUUGCUCCUCCUCUGCCUACGCCCUCCUCUCUCACCCUGCUGCCUCGCUCCUCCUCCUCCUCACCUCGGCUCUGCUUACCUGCUCGCCUGGAACAUCUGGCACUGGAGAUCCCAGCUCCGCCCCCUCCACUACUGUUGGAUGAUGAGAGUGGCUUUGAUGACUUCAUGAUGCCUCUUCCUCCACCAGCGUUCGAUAACACAGACACCCCCGAUCAAUACCUGGAGCAAGUGGUGGCGCUGUACAGCUACGAAGCCUCAAAGCCUGGAGACCUCUCUUUCAUCAAGGGGGAUGUUAUCUACAUGACGCAUCGCCAUGACGAUGGUUGGUGUGAGGGCAUGCUCCAUGGCAAUCAAGGGUUCUUCCCUAUUAACUACGUCCAAUCACACAUCUAGAUUGUGGUUCAAUAUCCGCCGAUCUGUGGAUGGAAGUCUUUGCGUCCUUUGUUGUUGUGACAUUAUUAGCUUAUUAGCUGUUUAAAUGUUACUGUUAACAUGUUUGCAUAUUAACUGUUUAGCGUUAGCAAAGUGCCCAAGCAGCAAAGCUGUCUUUAAUGCAAUGUAGACAGAUUUAAAAAAAAAAAAAGAAAAAAAAAAGGCAAGAGUGGACAUCAAGCUAGUCUCCGAGAUGUUUUCUUCCACCAUCUUGUGUGAGGAAUUAGAUUCACAUUUUUGGGUGAAAAUCAAUUAUUAUAAACAUACUCUAGUGUCUUCUCUUCAGCUAAUGUUUGGUAGUGAUUUGGAUAACUGUGCACUGAAAUCAAACUUUCAGUUCUCUUUAUAUGACUCAGUACGGUGGCUUGGUGGUUAGCACUGUUGCUGCAUGUCAAGAACGUCCCAGGUUAUCUUCAGACCUGGGGCCUCAUGUACAAAGACUUGCGUGGAUUCCCUAUUGAAACAUGGUAUAUGUCAAAACCCAGAAACAGGCAUAAUCACAGAAAUAUUCACGUUCCGUUUGUACAUCCCAAUCACCGUAGAAAUUGAGCACACAUGUACACGCACCAUGCUCCUCCCUUUCCACACCCUUAUUUAAAUAUUUCCCCACGCCAUCACGUCAGUCAACAUGAACACAGAAAAGAAAUUAUACCGAGUGUGAGUCACAGAUGACUGGAAGUGAGGUGGACACACACACAGUAAUAGUUGAUUUGCUUCCCCGUUAAAUGGGAAAUAUGUUAGUGGGAGCAUGUGUGUGAGGCCGUAGUGAGCUCACAGCAGCAAAAUGUGGUACUCCACGGCUGAACAGAAAACAUAUUUGAAUGCACACAUGCCAAAAUGUGCCUGCGCUGGUUUUCGUUCAGAAUAAUUAUAUGAAUAAACUAUUUACACAGCACGCAGCCACCCACUGCACCGUGCCAGCCUCCAGCCUGUUCCUAACCCAAUACAUUUGCGUAUCACAUGUGAUUUGACCAUUGAUCGAAUGAAAAUGUUUCCUAUGAACAAAAACAAAUUCAUCAUGUAAUGGCACCUUUAUAGCAAUAUGUGUGCAGUCAAUAGCUCUGAUUACAUUAGGGAAACUGGGUCUUGCUGCAAAGUGCGCUUUAAUGUGAUGUGAUGACAUUCGGAUGAUUGCGUUCCACACAGGUGGUAUGGUUCGGCACAGGGUUGACUAGUACACUCCUUACCGAUCGCCCAGCUCUCGCUGGAAUGCCCCUGUUGCCAGGAAGCCCAGCGUGGUCAACGCAUGUGUGGACACUAACUACCGCCUGGCUCCUUGCCGUAUUGCGCUUCUGCGCACACCUCCAAUAACAGUGCCCUUGGUAAUCAAGAUUGGUUUAUGAGCCAGUAAUCAUCAUUUGCAAGUAAAUCCUCAUAUUCCCUGAAUCCACACUUGGCGUCAGAUUACACCAUUUUCUUCUAAAAUGCUAACGCAGCCAUUGGUAGUGCCAUUAUACGCAUCACUUUGCGCAUGGUUUUAUAUCCAUCCCUAUAAUUGCAAACACAUGGGUGUGUUCAUUGUUCAUUAGUGUGUCUCUGAUGUGCACAUCGCUCUGAUUUGUUUUCACACUAUUGACAGUUCCCCGCAUCACCACUACAUGUCGCCGGUGGCACAAUAGCUGUGGAAAUGUGCGCACACCAGCCAGGAUUCUUGUAUGACGGACUGCACAUUUCCACGGUCAUAUCACGUUUGAUACAUCUGAACGUGGGAGUGGAGACAGAGGUACGCCAGGUUUUUGUGCGUACACAUGCUUUGUACAUGAGGCCCCUGGUCCUUUCUUUGUGGACUUUGCAUGUUAUUGCUAAAGCAACUGUCCAAAGAAAACCAAACCAUUCAAAAGUUAUCAAAAUUCUGUUUAUUUACAAUGUACCAAAUCACAACAUAAGGUGCCUCAAAGCGCUUCACAAGGGUAAGGUCUAACCUUACCAACCCCCUUGAGCAAGCACAUAGGUUACUGUUUUAAGAGAAAACAUCCUCAGAUGUUUUUCUUUCAGGAUGAAACCUCAAGCAGAUUAAACUCAGAGGGGUGACCAACUGCUUAGGCCAUGCUAACAUUAACAGAGAUCAAAUAAACAAAAAAAUACAACAAACGAGAGAAUAAAAUAAAAUGUUAAUUCAUGGAAACUCCAUAGGCCAUCCUAGUUCACAUUUUGUUACUUGGGGUGAAGAUCUUGUUUCUUCAAGUUCAGUCUGGAACGCGGAAUGCUACGUGGGUGCUCCUGUCCACUGCAGCCACUAGCGAAGGGCCCGAUGAUUGCACUUCAAACCGAACAGGAGAGAGCAGACUCAAUCAGCCAGAACUAACUGCACACAGAAUACCAGAACAACAGGAAGGAUGCUGAUGUGAUCGCUGACAACUAGCCCUUUGCUUCACUUACAGUCCCAGAAUUUAGAUACGAUGAGACUGAGUCCUGCUCCAUUAUUA